AUGAUGUGCUCAGGUUUUCUCCAAUCCUUUGUUCGUGUUGUCGCAGCGGUGGUCGCACUCUCUGCCGUCUCAGUGUCGGCCAAGAGUGAUGGCGACGCCAGUAACAAUCGUCCCAGACAGACGGGAAACGGGAAUUGCGAUGCCUCGACAUUCUCCAGCAUACUUCCGACCGGGGCCAAGGUCGAGAGGGUAGAGUAUGUCAGCGCCGGAGACACCUUCGGCGAGCCCAAUUCGGAUCUCAUGUACCCAAUUGCCCCGACGAAUUUACCAGAGCUAUGCGCUAUCAUUAUAUAUGUCCCAUCGUCAACCGUCUCGGCGUAUAGGUUCGGCAUAUUCAUGCCAGCGGAGUGGAACGGCCGUUUCCUCGCCGUUGGAAAUGGUGGUUUCGGAGGUGGUAUCAAUUGGCUAGACAUGGGUGCUGGUGUCCGAUACGGUUUUGCUGUCGUCUCAACUGAUACAGGUCACAACUCAACAUCGGGCGACAUCAAAUGGGCACUCAACAACCCCGAGAUGCGCACCGACUGGGGAUGGCGUGCAUUGCAUGGCUCCGUCCGCCUCGGAAAGACACUUGUAACCACGUAUUAUGCCAAACCUAUCGGCCAUUCAUACUACAGCGGUUGCUCGACUGGUGGUCGCCAGGGUCUCAAAGAGAUGCAGAUCUCGCCUGGUAGUUUUGACGGUGUGCUUGUCGGCUCGGCCGCCUGGAACACCGCUCAUCUCAACACCUGGGUCUGCAAGAUCGCCAAUUACAACUGGCCCGCCACCGACGCCAAGCACAUUACCUGGGAAACCCUACCGCCCAUCGGUUCUGAAAUCGUUCGCCAGUGCGACGCCGCAGAUGGUGUUACCGACGGCAUUAUCAGCAACCCCAGCAAUUGCACUGUCAAUUGGGACGACCUACGAUGCGACGGAAACAGCAACGCCCCAUCCGAUUUCGCGAGGUCCGAGAAUUGCAUGAGCGACGCGCAGAUCGGCACUCUCCGACAAUUGUACGACGGCUACGAUUUGGACUCAAACGGCCAGAACAUAAUGCCGGGAUUCCUCCCAGGCUCCGAAAGCCAGCUGUACACCGUGCUCAACUACUCCGACUCGAGCCCGUAUGGUUUGGGCUACAUCCGAUAUUUUGUGCUGAACGACCCGCUGUUCGAAGCCCCGCAGUAUAACGACUCGAUCAUGGAGCUAGCGACGGCGAUUGACCCCGGUAACGCGACAGCUGAUAAUUACAACUUGACGGAGUUCCGCGACCGCGGCGGCAAGAUGUUGAUCUACCACGGGUCAGCGGACGGUCUAGUGCCCGCGACGGCAGGUAGUGAUUACUACCAACAUGUCGUGGACACGACCUCAGGCGGCAACGUCACGCAGACACGAGACUUCUUCCGCCUCCUAGAGAUCCCAGGCAUGCAGCAUUGCUGGACGACAGCCGUGGAUGCGCCUUGGGCCAUGGGCGGCGCGAGUCAAGCUGGGGCACUGGGUAACGAUACAUAUAGUGUCCCGGGGUACGCCGACUCAGGGCACGAUGCGCUGCUGGCGCUUGUGGAUUGGGUUGAGAACGGAAAGGCUGUGGAUCAGGUCAUUGCGACGACGUGGAAUAAGGCGACGGACCCCUCAACGGGUGUUAAAAGGCAGAGGCCCAUUUGCGCGUACCCAGAGACGGCGCAAUAUGAUGGAAAAGGAAACGUGGACGAUGCGUCUAGUUGGAGUUGCAGUGGAAAUACGACGGAGCAAGUAUCGCAUAGUGGAGCUGCGAUGGCAUAUAUGAACCCCUUCUCGGUCAUUGUGGAUGUAUUUAGAACCUUCGCGAUAUGA